AUGGAACCCCUUUAUAUGGUCCCUAAUAGGCCAGCAGCUAUAAUUCCUUAUAUACGGCCGCCGCCAGCAUAUCGUAGUGGUACGGUAACGGAAACUGACACUUUUAGCGACUAUUCAGCCUCAUCAGGACUUGGCAAACGACGUGGCAGCUGGGUGAAUUUAGUAGAAUCCGAUGAAAAUCUGAACAGGCACAAAGUCAAUUGCUAUCCAAAAGUCAAAAAGACGGUAGAUGCAGCUCAGCAGGUACCCUCUUCAAGAACCUCUUCACAAUUGGCUUACGUAUCGGAUAAUUAUCAAAUAAACAUGAUGCACUCCAACUACGCUCUACCGCUAAAAGCUGCGCCUGGGCCGGCUGGUACCGUACCACCUUCAAUUAUCACUUCAAGAGCUCCAUCUGUGGUCGUGACACCAGCAGUCAUACAACAACGUCCUAGCUCAGCCCCAAUGCCAAGAAAGAAACGCAAUCGCUUACAGGAGUGGCUGGAUAAGUCCCACUGCAGCUGUAAGAAGGCUUGUUGUGCUCUUUGCUUGACAUUAACGAUACUGUUAGCGGUGUUCGGUGUAAUUUUGGCCUUAGUGCUCACACAAGUCUUUAGAGCACCUAAAACUGCUCAAAUAUCAUGGAUGCCACCAGAACAGUACCGUAAUGGGCAAAAUCAACCUGUGCGACUCAGUAUGGAUACCGAGGGUAACCAGGUUCGGCUGAGGUUAAUGGGUGCGAUGCCAUUCAAAGGAAACUACAUGAGCUACUACGACUUUGCCACGAAUCGAGUCGCAGUGAUUGAUGAAACUUUGAAGAGCAACGGGAAAAUUCUGACAUGUUUUGUGAUGCCACUGGAUCGAUCGUUGCUACGCGAUCAAGAUGCGAUGCGUAAGGCCGUUGGAGUCGCAGCGAGUCGCAAUUCGCAAACUCAAGGAUGGCACGAAAGCUGGAACUACCUACCGUCCCCGAUAAGCAUGAAUGGACAGCAGAUGUUUAGCACUCCAAUCAAAGAAUGCGAAGGAGCUCGUUGGGUCCAACUAGAAUACGCAGGAACGAAUCAGAAAAAUCGCAAAUGCUCGGACUGCUUUGACUUCUGCCUACCGGAUUACGGUAUCGAGCGCGAUCCAGUUCGUGGAGAUGAGCAGCUAAACAUCGUUAAGCGUGUCUGUUUCUACCUAUUCGUACCAGAAUGGCGAACUUAUGCACAGGCCAAUACAAUAGAGCAGAAUCAGCGCGAUUUUGAAACGUAUUACCGUAAUCGCAAUCAUCUUACAACUGCAUAUGGUGGAGGUGGUAGCGAUUCGAAAUGGAUCAACCUUCAAGGAGUGCCUCAAGCUAUACGUAACGUCACCGGUAACCUAGCUGGCAACUUAGCUGGUAACCUAGCUGGUCAAGUGAGCAAUGCCGCUGCUGGCGUAGUGAACACCGUGGGAGAUGUGGCCCAAGGAGUGGUUCAAGGAGUUCGUGCUGGUGUCUUUGGUCAGAAUAUGCCCAAUCAGCAAGGAUACCAGAGUGGGAAUGACGAUAACAGAUAUAAUUAUAACAUGCAGCCAAAUCAGAACCAAAAUUCCAUGAGCCCCGGCUCGUUCGGUCCUUCCUCUAACGUUAACGGCGUGAUGAAUAUGAAUGGAGUGAAUGGACAGAGUGGAGGCAAUGCUUACAACAUGAAUAAUCAAGAAGGCUAUAAUGUUGGUGCCUAUGGGAUCAAUUCCCAGAAUUUGUAUCCGAAUAUGAAUGGUUAUUCUUCCGAAGAUAGGGAUGGGAAUCAAAGAAUUUCCCAGUCACAAGAUUCUUCGAGGUCUUCCGCAUAUUGGAUAAAUUCUGGUAAUCGCCAAGACACUCAACAGUACCCUAACAUACGGCAGGAUACAGAUCGAGACAACAACGUGCCUUACACAAAUGGAAACAGCUUUGGCAUGACGGGUGGAUACAGCAGUAGAUCACAAUAUCCCGAUUCUAAUGGUGUAAAUCCUCCAUCAGGUUAUGUACCCCAAGGUGAAAUAAAUGUGCAGGGCAUCGCUGGAAUGCCACCGCGAGAAAAUAUCGCUUCUCGACAUGGUUACGUUCCUGAUAUCAUGCCUGUGAAUCAAAAUAAUCAAAAUCAACGACAACUAGUGAUGCCACAUCAGGGUUGGCAAUCUGGGUAA